AUGUCCCUCUGCAGGGGCCAGCUGGGGGGUCCGCCGCCGGCCCGCCCCACCCCGGAGCGGGAGUGCAAGAUCUGCUACGAGGCCUUCGACAGCCGCGCCGGGCGGCCCAAGCUGCUCUCCUGCCAGCACCGGGUGUGCGCCAGGUGCCUCUGCCGCAUGGCCGACGUGGGCGACUCUCCCGGGCGCCUCAGCUGCCCCUUCUGCCGCCGGGAGACCCUCCUGCCCGAGAGGGACGUGGGCCGCCUGCAGGACGACGGGCGAGUGCUGGCCACCCUGCUGAGCGGCCGGGAGCGGGCCCGCCGGCCGGGGCGGCCGCCCCUCUCCCCGGAGGUGCUGCUGUGCCCGGGCGUCCUGGAGCCCUUUGGGGAGGGCCGGCACGGCUCCUCCGACUGCCUGGUCGUCACCCUGCUGGAGGUGCCCGAGGACCUGGCGGCGCCCGAGGGGGUGGGCCUCCUGGACGUGAUGCGGCUCUACCGCCCGCCCAGCGUGGCCUCGCUGCCCUGCCCCGACCCCCUGGCCAAGUGCCAGGCCUGCAGCGCCUGCCCCGCUCUCCCCCGCCGCCUCCUCAUGGGCCUCCUCUGCUUGCUCUACUUCAGCUCCCUGCCCCUGGGCAUCUACCUCCUCCUGGUGGAGCGCCUCAGCCUGGGCAUCGUCUUGGUGAGCCUCGUGCCCGCCACCCUCAUCCUCUGCAUCCUCUACAGUCUCUGCCAGUGCUUGCGCCACGAAAUCCUCAACUUCCCCUCUUGAACUGCCCGGCGUGGGUCGGGGUCCCAAGGACUGGCCCCCGAGCUUCCUGCGAGGGGUUCUCUUGCCUGCUCCUCCUCCUGGCUCUGGCACCGGGGUCCCCCUGCGGCCGGCCCCAGGCCUCACUUUCCUC